GGGGCGGAGGGGGAGGGGAGCCCGCCCGCAGCCCCGCCCCGCCCCGCCCGCAGCCCCGCCCCGCCCGCGCGGCCCUUCUCGCCCGCCGUAGGCGGCCGCGCGGGGCUGUCGCUAAGAUGGCGGCCAAGGUUGCAAAACUGGCAGCUGUUUCUUCUGGUCUGCCAUUUGCAUGCAUUACCGUAUAUGCAGCAACAGAAAAGGAAUCAAAAAGUCAGCUGGUGAAGCCAAAUCAGCUUCCAAUUUACUGUCCGCCACCUGUGAAAUCGAAAUACAUAGAAGAACAGCCUGGUCACUUGCAGAAGCAAUUUUCUUCAGUAAGACAGACAACCGGCCGCUAUGUUGGAUGGUGCAGGGAUGCUUUUGUCUUUGUUAAAAAUGGCAUAAUGGAUUCAAUUCAAUUUGGAAAAGAUGCUUAUGUUUACCUGAAGAAUCCACCACCAGAAUUUCUUCCCAAAGUUGGUGUAAUUACAAUAUCGGGCUUAGCUGGCAUAGUCCUGGCAAGAAAAGAUUCUAGAUUUAAGAAAAUUGCUUAUCCGUUGGGACUUACUACUUUAGGAAUUUCUGUUUGUUACCCGGCUCAGUCAGUGGUAUUUGCCAAGGUAACAGGGAAAAAGUUAUUUUCUGCAAGCCAUCAAACCUACGAAGCUGUGCGAUCAAUAUGGGCAGAGAAGGAAGAUGUCACCAAGCUGCAGCAAGAGUCAAAAUCAGUUAUGCAAGAAGAUAAGAAAAAGACUGACAUUUCUCCUACAAAACCUGAGUCUGCUAUUAAGUCAAGAUCAUUUAACAGAACAGAAUCGUCUCCAGUAGAGUCGUGGAGUACUAAAGAUCCAGUGCCUUCAGCAGGACCAGUGAAGACACCAAAAUUUAAGCCUGAUCCAAAACUUAUGGACCAUGGUCAGUCCAGCCCCGAAGAUGUGGAUAUGUACAGUACUAGAAGCUAAGACAAAUCUGCUUACAAAUCUUUGCAAAGUAUUACAGAUAAGAGGGAGGGAAGAAGGGAAGGAAUAAUCCUUACAAUACAUGCUUUGUGAGGUACAAUUUAAUCAGGUAUUUUCUUAUAUCCCACUUGUAUUAUUGCCUUACAUGAUUCUGUUUAGUGAAUAUUUGGUUUCUCACUGCUUAUAAGUAGUGAGAAUUCACUUGUUGGUGUCAUCAGUUAGACGCUGAGAAAAGGAGAUUUGUCAGUGUCUCCUCACAAUGAGGUUUCUCUGUGCCAAGUUUGUUAAUAAAUGUCACUUCACAAAGGA